CCUCACGCAUGAAUUCCAUUUCACCUGUUAACGCGAUACAUUCAACCGUGACCUGUCAUUUUGGUGGAGGUGAUCAGGAAGGAUUGUUUCAAGUUGAAAAAGAAAGUGGGCAAAGAUACCGGAACAGAUACGCUGAGUGGCUUAAAAUACCACAAAGGGACCUCUAGGAAGAACUAUUCGAAUUGUUUUCUUUCGUCAGAAAAUCCCGAAGCGAUAGAUAUCAAGCAUACAGACACAUUUUCUUCGCAGCGAGAAGCCAUGUAAUCGUGUAGGCUAUAUUUACCAUUUUCUUUUUUUUUAGUAGCCUAAUUAGGUUUGUUUUAAAACAAAGUUCUAGAGACACGGAUACUAGAGUUUUUGAUUUCUCAGGUCUCACAGAAACUCGAGGAUUGGAUUUGGCGGACAGCAAAAGCUCCAGUCAGGUAUGCCCCAGCACAAUAUGGACACAGGCAGGAGCCAAUGGGAGAGGAGCAGGCGCCUGCCUUGGAUUGACAGGGUCGUAGGGGGCCCAAGCCCCUCCUCCUCGGGGGCGGAGUCAGACACAGAGAGUAGCAGCACAGAGAGUGAGAGAUCUCACGGCAGACAUUUUGAGGCGGGCUCUGCAAGGGUCCUGACCUCGCCCUCCAUGCUGCGGCGGCGAAUCACCGAAAUCGAUCAGCAGAGGGAGGAGCUAAAGAUUGAACUGCAGCUGGAGGUGGCCCUGUUGCAGGGGGAGCUGCGGAUGGAGAAAGAGCAGCUGUGCAGACACACGCAGACGCUGCACAGUCUGCAGGAGGAGGCCAGACAGAGGGAGAGUUGCAGACUCGCCGAUAUCAGACAGGAGCGGGCCGGCCUGGAGGAGGAGCGCGCGCGCGUGGAGGAGCAGAGGAGGCGCUGCGAGGAGAAGGAGAGGCAGAUCCCCACGCAGCCGGAGAGCCAGCGGGAGCAGCUGCUCGUCCAGCUGCAGCAGGAGAAGGAAGCGCUGGACGCUGCAGUGCGGGCGUUCGAGGAUCGGGAGUUCCAGUUCCUGGAGCGAGAGAGUGGGAUCGAUGGUGGUGGAGAAGAGGAGGACAGCAGAGGGAGCACGGAGAGAGAGAUAUCCCGCCAGCAGCACUCCGUCAACUCUGCGCAGGAGCGAGUCCUUCAGCUGGAGAAGCAGGUGAAGGAGAUGGAGAGAGAGAAGGAAAGAGAGAUGAACGCUCUCCGGCAAGAAAGGAGGGAGCUCCUCCACAGCUCACACAAGAUACUGAAGGAGAAAAAACCGCUCUCUGAUUGGUCGAACAUCACAGGAUCCGUCCCCUGCAUGAUGUCACUGUCCCCACUGACCAUUCACAAAGCAGGACAGGAAUCAACCAAGGAAACGGUCAGCUUGCCCAGAAGGCGGAGGUCACACCCCAGUAAACUAACAGACCGACCCCUGUCCGCACAAGGGCUGGUGAGAAUGUCGCCGGAUGGCCAGUUCCCGGAGGUGCUCCCCCCGCCCCUCCCCCUGUCUGUCCACCAGCACGGCUCCGCCCACAGCAACGGGCACAAACCCGGGCACUGCAACGGGAAGGGGCUGCUCUCGCCCUGCGACAGCACCAACAGCUCCCGAGCUGCGAGCCCCUGUCUGGGCCUGCCCGACCUGCUGGAGAUUGAGAGGAAGCUGAGGGAGGCUAAGGCAGAAAAAGAGAGGCUACUGAGAGACAGGGAGGAGAGGAGGAGGGCAGCAGAGGAGGACAGGAGACGGAGGGAGCAGGAUUCACUGAAAGAGGAGCCGACGGAACCUCCAACUAUGGCUACAGAACUUGAGCCAGAACCUGAAUUAGAACCAGAACCAGAACCAGAACCAGAAGAACUUGAACACAGCCCAGUUCACUGCAGUUCAGAGCCUUUUCUCCCGCUCUCCCUCUCUGCGAACUUUGACCUCCGGGCUCAUGUGGAGUCCCUGGGCCACGGCGUGGCGGGGUGCAUGGGGGUGCGCCUGUCUCCACGGCGAUGCGGGGGCUUCCUGACGAAGCGCGGAGGGCGUGUGAAGACCUGGAGGCGGAGGUGGUUCCUGUUUGAUCUGGACCACCGCAGACUGGCCUACUACACUGAUCACGACGAGAGGAAGUUGAAAGGGGUCAUCUACUUCCAGGCCAUAGAGGAAGUGUACUACGAUCACUUGCGGACGGCCUCCAGCUCUCCCCGCCCCAGCCUGACGUUCUGCGUGAAGACGUACGAGCGUCUCUUCUUCCUGGUGGCCCCGAGCGCCGAGGCCAUGCGGAUCUGGAUGGACGUCAUCGUCACGGCAACGGACGAGCACUGCCGUUACUGAGGUCACGUGGCGCCUGAACCGCCAAAGCCUGUCCGCCUGCCGCCGGCGGGAGGGGGGGACACAGGAAACGCUGCCAUAAUGGAUCCAGUGUUGGGCCGGCUGGUUUCGGGCUACACCUCGUCAGCAGACCCCUCUGUCUCUCAGCACCGCCUUCUCCCAGAGGAGCUGCCUUUAACCUCAUCAGGACUCCUGCAUAGUAGACCCCCUCUCUCUCUCAUACUGCCUUCUCCCAGAGGAGCUGCCUUUAACCUCAUCAGGACAGCAUACCCCCUCUCUCUCUCAGUACCGCCUUCUCCCAGAGGAACUGUGUUUAACAUUGUCAGCACAGCAGACCCCCCUCCCCCCCCC